AUGGCAACUCAGGAGGCGGUUCUAGAUAACUGGAUAAAAGAUAUUCGCGGAGCCGUAAAUGUCUAUGAUGACGAGAUCUCGAGGACGAAAGUUCGUGAUCUGUACUAUACUUUGCCUACGCGUAAACCUGAAGACGUCCCGCCUCGUAAUGCGCCCAUAUCUCCGCUACAUUAUCUUGCGUUCUUUCAUCCUCGUUUGGAAGAGAAACAACUUGCUUCAGACUUGACGGAGACGGAUUUUCGACCUCCAUUGCCCUUUGGUGCUCGCCGUAUGUGGGUAGGCGGAUCACUACGAUUUCCUAAAGGUAGUGACCAGGGUAUAUGCGUUGGUGAUGAGGCGAAUGCGAAAGUAUCCGUCGAAAAAGUGGAGAAGAAGGGCUUCGAAAAGGGGUCUCAGACAGUAUUUAUGCACAAAGACAUACACUAUAUGCGCCAAACUGGCGAAGAACCAAUCAUCAAAGAAAAGCGGGUGCAUGCGUAUCUCCCUGAAGAAGCGCGGCCGAGUGGUAAAAUACGGGAAGUACCCGGUCUCCCGAUUCCUCGAUUUACUUAUACGUGGACUCCGACCGUCACGACCUUAUUCCGUUUCUCCGCACUUAUGUGGAAUGCACAUUUGAUCCAUCUGGAUCGUGAAUACACCCGUACGAAGGAAGGCUAUCCCGAUCUACUCGUUCAUGGCCCGUUAACUGCAAUCAUGCUCGUAGAAGCGUUGCUUCACAAUGGCUACCAAGGCCGAAUUAAUGACUUCGAAUACCGGGCUCGUAAUCCAGUGUACGUAGACAGGAUACAACACAUACGCGGUGCGAUUGAUGCAGAUGAGAGUAAAGCAACCUUAUGGGCAGAGGAUGAUGAUGGCGUAGUCGGCAUGACCGGAAGUGUAGAGUUGCAGCGGGAUUGA